GCACACUCCUCGAAUGAGCCGAUCCGCCUCAACAUCAUUCGACCUCAUCGCGUUCUCCUGCUGGCCGACUGGGAGGCGGUUGUACGGAAACACGCACAGACAGGCGAAAUGUCUGGGCCGGAGCAGCCAAUCCUGGCGCAAUGGGUUUUCGACACGCGCCCGUGGUUUCCUGACGCGAGGGUUACCAAAGAUCUUGAAACUCAUGUGAGUCUCAUCCCCUCUCAUCGUUCUGCCGCUCUGGUGCCAAACCCCCUCCCCCUCCUCGCCCGAGCAUUAACGUACCACACACACCAGGCUGCCCGCGCCCUGUCCCUCCUGAAUCCGGAAGCCCGCCUUGGCGUGUUCCGCUACCUGCGCCUGGCGGACGCCAAGAUGGCUCUCGCCUCGGCCCUGCUCAAGCAGUACGCCGUCGCCAAGCUCGCCCGGGACCCCCCGGUCGCCUGGUCGCAGUUCCUGGUCACCCCGUCCGGCUUCACCCGCAACGCCCGCACCAAGCCGGUCUACAUCGACCCGGCCACCGGCAGGCAGCCCGUGUCCUUCAACGUCAGCCACCAGGCGGGGAUUGUGGCCAUCAUCGCCGUGGUUAACCCCCACCGCCCACGGCCGCAAGACCCCCCCACCACCACGGCCACCAACGACAACAACAACACGGCCACAGCCGGCAACCGUGCCGACGCCCAGGCCCAGGACCAGGAAAUCCAGGUCGGCGUCGACGUGGUCUGCACCAGCGAGCGCCGCGCGCGCGACCACGCCAUCCUGGCCGCCGGCGACGACGGCUGGGCCGACUUCCUCGACAUCCACAAGGACGUGUUCGCCCCGGGCGAGGUGCGCUACCUGCACUCGCGCGUGCUGGCCGCCGUGCCGGGGCUGGUGGCGCAGGCCGCGCGCGCCCACGCCCACCUCGACACCGCAGCCGCAGCCGAAGCCGGAGCCGCAGCCGGAGCCGGAGCCGGAGCCGGACCGCCCCUCCGAGGAGUCCUCGCCGGCGGCCCGCCCACCCCCGAGCAGACCAUGGACGCCAAGCUGCGCGCCUUCUACGCGCUGUGGGCGCUGCGCGAGGCCUACGUCAAGCUGACGGGCGACGCGCUCAUGGCCCCCUGGCUGCACGAGCUCGAGUUUGUCGACUUUCGCCCGCCGUGGCCGGCCGCGGCGCCGUUGGGGGCGGCUGCUGCUGCUGCUGCUGCCGCGCGGGAGGGGCAGGGGCAGGGACAGGAGUCGGGUGGUCCGGGCGGGGAGGAGGAGGAAGAGCCGGAGGUGGAGCCAGAGGUGGUCAGGAGUACCGAGAUCCGGUUCCGCGGGAGGAAGGUGGAGGAUGUGAACAUGUGUCUCAGGUCUAUGGGGCCGGACUACAUGGUCGCCACGGCGGUGAGGACGCCGGGGAGGCCGGAAGAGGCGCUGGGCUGGCGGAUCGGGCCGUACGAGGUGCUGUCGCUGGAGGAGGUGCUGAGUUUUGCCGAGUCGAGCAGGUGACGGUGACGGCUGCGCGAGAUCUUGGAUGAGCAGACAAUGCAAGGUACGCGAGGGCGAAGGCUCUCGACAGUUGAUCUGUCCCAUUUUGUACGUACAAGAAUACUGUUACUUGUCUGCUUCGAACUACAACAUCCAGUCU